AACUGAACCUUUGUGCACGCAAAAUAACGUCUGCGGAUUUUUUAAUUUCUCUCAAUGAAAAGUCCACCAGAUUUGAACAAAAUGAGAAAUUAAAGCUGUUAGAGAUGGAUGGCGACGGAUCUACCACAGAUGACGAUUCAACAGAAGAUGAAGAAGACUCAAAAACAGCUGAUACUGAAUCAGGAAAAAAUGUAAACAACCCCAACGCUCAAACAAGAGGUCACAUCGAUGUUAAGGUUGAUGAGAGGAAUGGCAAUGGCGCAAACUUCUCAGCCUUGAAUGAUGAAGGGUUAUCGACAGCUACAUCAGAUUUUAAGUCCUUUGCUACAGAGGACACUACAUUCUUUACUCACCUGAAAGGAAAUGAAGCUGAAGAAACCAUGAGAUUUAAGUAUGGCAACUAUGAAGCAGUUACCAAAAGUCCUCAACAGGAAAAGGCAGAUUUGAGAUCAAAAGGAGAUCAUAUGCAAUCAAAGGCAAGGAGCAGAGGGAAAGGGAAAUUAAAUGUUUCUGUCCAGUCUAACAACAAAUCACUUGGUAGGAGGACUUCAGUGAACAAGAAAAACAGUUCCUCUGUCAUUCAGAAUGUAGAGGAGGAAUGCAAAAUAAUAAAACACAGCAGAAAUUCUGCUAAAUCACCAAGCUCAACAUCAAAUCCAGGAAAUACAAGUUUUGAGAAGGCUAAAUUGAAAAUCAGUGAGAGAAAUGAGUCAUAUGUGGAUAAUGAAAUGCUAGCAGAUGGUUUUGAUGAUCAAGACAUGAUAAGACCAUCUUUCACAGAGCCAGCCUUGGGUCCUUCAGUACCUUUUAUUUUGUCCAAACCUGGAGUUGUUCCAGUGAUUCAGAUUCCAGCAACAAUCAAUUCCUAUUUGCGGCAAUAUCAGAGAGAUGGAGUCAGCUUCUUGUUCCAACACUACUCUGAAAAUACUGGCGCCAUUCUUGGAGAUGACAUGGGUUUGGGUAAAACGGUUCAGGUUAUUUCCUUCAUUUCUGCCAUUUUGGGUAAAACUGGAACCAAAGUUGAUAUAUUCCGCAAAUUCAUGGAUAGAAUGGCGCGUGAAAAACAGGAAAAAGUCAACCCAGAGACAGGUACCUUUCUGGUUGUAAGUCCAGGCUCUGUCAUGUUCAACUGGAGGGAUGAGCUAGAAACAUGGGGUCAUUUUAAGACGGGUCUCUUUCAUGGUACCACUAGGGAGUCCACUUUAGAUAGGGCCUCUAGAGGGCGACUAGAUGUAGUUCUGACUACAUAUGAGACCAUGAGAAAUUACUUGACUGAUGUGAACCGACUCAAAUGGUUAGCUGUAAUCAUGGACGAAGUCCAUCGCCUCAAAGAUCCCAAGGCUCAAAUAACUGUGGCUGCUAAAGCUCUCAAUGUGAAAAGAAGAUAUGGCCUCACAGGGACCCCACUUCAGAAUAAACUGGAGGAGUUCUGGUGUGUGUUGGACUGGGCAAACCCAGGAAGUCUGGGAUCAGCCAAAAACUUCAAUCAGGAGUUUGGCAAACCCAUGCUGAAAGGACAGACUUUUGACGCAACUAAAAGAGAACUGGCUGUGGGAAGAAAGAGAUCAAAAGAUCUUCAAGAUAGAAUUGGAAGAUGGUUUCUUCGAAGAACGAAAGCGCUCAUUGCAGAUCAGUUACCUAAAAAGGACGAGGCAGUGGUGUUCUGCCCGCUAACGCCUUUCCAGGAAAAUGUUUACCAAACCCUUUUACAGAACCCGGAUGUUGAACUGAUCCGCAAGAAAAACUUUCCUUGUGAUUGCGGCAGUGGACAGGAUAGAGGCAAAUGUUGUUACACGCUCAGCUCAGAGUUUGAGGACAUCAAGACCGCAGCCAUGCGGUUCUUUCAACUGCUGUUAAAAGUUGCAAAUCACGCCGCUUUGUUGGCCCCAACCGUCAGACAAUCACUCGACCAGCAAGAAAAGGCUAAAGACCUUUGUUUGCGUGUAUUCGCAAGAUAUCCAGAAUUUUCCGGAUGCACAGAAAUAUCGUCGUUUGAACUUUUAUCAGACCCAAAGUACUGUGGAAAAAUGAAGGUACUUGAAAAAUUGAUGAAGGUUUUUCAAGAAGAACGCAGCAAACUACUUCUCUUCUCAAGAUCCACGCAGCUGCUUAACAUCUUAGAGGAGUUUGUAAUCAGUAAAGGACUGGUGUACAGUCGUUUGGACGGAGGAACCAAGCCUGCAGACAGAACCCGUUUGGUACACGAGUUUAACGUCGACCCAAAUAUCUUUUUGUGUCUUAUCUCGACUAAAGCGGGAGGACUGGGACUCAACUUCACCGGAGCUAAUAUUGUUAUAAUAUUUGACCCCAACUGGAAUCCGUCCAGUGACUUGCAGGCACAGGACAGGGCAUAUCGCAUUGGACAGCGAAGAGAUGUGAAGGUCUAUCGCUUAAUAUCUUUGGGGACAAUCGAAGAAAUGAUGUAUCUUCGACAAGUUUACAAGCAGCAACUGGCCAGUAUGGCGGUCGGAGGAACAAACGAGAGGCGAUACUUUACAGGUGUUGAAGGUGACAAGGACAAGAAAGGCGAGCUGUUCGGACUCGAGAAUCUGUUCUCUUACCGUGCUGAAGGUGCCAGUUUGUCCAAAGAUAUCAUCAGAAGAACAGAGGAACUAGAAGCUGGAUAUAAAGUUGCAGAAUAUGAGUUGACAAACUUCAAGGAAUGGGAAAAUGCCUUAGAGGGGGAGGACAAUAACAGCUCUGCAAACCUGAAAGUUCACGACGAUCCUUAUAACAUUGAAGAACUCGCGUCACAAUUUGUUGAUGAUCAGCAAAGGACGUCAUCUCGAAUCACUUCAAAGAAACAAUAUUCUGAGAACCGUUUUAAAGGUAUGUCAUUGAAGAAUAAACUCAUUGAAGACCAUAGCGGUUUUGCUGAACACUACGGGGAUUCCUUCAAAAGAAUGGAAAGUAAGGGUAGUCAUGAAGAUGAGAAAGGCAUUCUUCACGAAUUUGACAACAGUCAAUUGUGUUCAAAUGACAAUGACGAUUUUCUUGAAACGAAAACUCAUAAGAACAAGUUUGUCUCCAAAAAUACGAAACCUAAGAGCUCUCUGGAAAAAAUUGAAACGAGGAAGUGCGUAUCUGUUGAGCUGUUCCUGGGAUUAGAAGACGAUAACGGAGCAAAUAGCUCAUUGCAUAACUUCACGAAAGUCAAAGAAAAAGCAAGCGUUUCCUGCACGAGAAUUCCUGCUUCGAUCGAGGAAGAAAGUUCCGAUGUUAUCCAUCCUACUCCGAGUUGUAAACGUGGAUCUAAAUCGAUAAUAACCAAUACAAUCUGUGCGGGAGAUUCAAUCGACCAAGGAUCAUGUAGUAAAGAGAAGAAACAAAGUGAGAUGAGGAAUUCAUCCAGAACGUCUUCGUCAAGUGGAGAAGAUGACUCCAACGAAGGCUUGUUCUUCAAGCGUAAACGAAAACAAUCAGCACGAUUUUUCAGAAAGAGGAAGCAUGCAGAGAUGUCGGCGAAAGCUGUACUUAAAGAUGGUCAAGGGAAAUUUCGAAGAUAUACAGGACAGAAAAACUACAACAGCAGGGUCGACAACCAUCCUGUAAGAGAGGUAAAAAAAGCAAGGAAAGAAAACACGGUGGCAGAAAUUCUGGAAUCAUGUGGAGUGCAUUACACACACGCCAAUCGGCAUGUCGUCGGACCAAGUGAAGCAGAGAAUCACAUGUCAAAACAGGCACUACAAGAUGUGUUUGAGCUCAAGCAGUUUUCUCAGCAGCCAGCAAAUUGUUUUCCCGCCUGGGAGGCCAGCGAUGAAAGUGAUGAUCUUGGUGAGGGCAGUCACGACAAGCAACCAGAAGCCCUUUGGCGCGCACAACGACCGGAAAUGGAGACUAAUCAACCCAGUCAAUCAAUACCGCACAGAUCAAAUCAAUCCGCGCGGGACAAUGACACCACGAUAAAGAGAAUUGGAAACAGCACUGUAUUUAUCGGCUCGACUCCUCGUGGAAUCCGUCGGCAACAUUUUCAGGAAAUGUCGAACGCGUUCGGAUUUGUCUCUGAAGUCGACCUUGCCAAAGCUGUCGUGGAUUGCAGUAACUGUGAAAGGCGUGAAAUGUUGAGGCGCUUUUACGUCCACAAGAAUCCAAAUUUAUCCGAUCUAUGGAACGUAACAAGAGACUUUUUUGCUGGACGCCAAAACCGAAAAAAGGCCGUUAAGGAUGGCGAAUGGUCUGUCGCGAAGAUGCGGAAAAGGUUGAUUCGUGAAACGUCCAAAAGAUCGAAUGGGAAGUCAAAGCCCCUGCAAACACAUUUUCAUGGUAAGGACGGGUGUUCUAAGGAUAAUCUCGAGAGAAGAAUUCACCAUCACUCUGGGGGGGAAACUUCCCGAAGUAAAAAGCCAAAACUUGCUGUGGCGUUGAGUGGGAAUGAAAAAGUCCCUGAUGAGAGUCGUCUUGAAGACUUUGUAGGGAACAAAGAAAGAACUCAUCAUGUUGAUCGGAGAAACAGAGACGUGCCUCCUGCAGAGGCAGGUCAUUCUGUUGGACUUGCGCAUGUACCAUCGAUAGCAACAGCUGCUGAUGAAAAUUAUGUGGCAGAGAACCAAGAUUCUAGUUUCGAGAAUGACAAUCCCCUCGUUGCAGUUUCCAUUUUGGAUCAAUUUCUGAUGCAUAACUCUUCCAGCUUUGACACAAAACGAAGAGAGGAUAAUAACAGAGGAUUAGAUAAGUGUGAGCCAUUAAGUUCUAAAAGAAAGGAAGACAAACAACUGGACAGUACUGAACGAAAAGAGCCAACUGAAUGUAGAACGAAGGCAAAUAGCACAUCACUACUAGAUGAAUUCAUUUAGGAAAUGCUCAAGGUAGAAUUUUACACCAGAUUUGAUGAUUUGAUAAACGACUAAUAGGUUUCGAUCAAGGGUUUUUCGAGUUUUAGAGGUUUUUAUGAGAGGCCAAGGUGGAACUGGCUGUGAAUAUUUUUUACGGAAACGAUACGAUUUUAUGGUUUGACCCAUUGUGCCAAUGGUUUCUUAAGCAUACAAUAAAGAUAAUUUUUAAAAAGCAUUCCUGCAACCCCCCAAAAUUUAGAGCACACGGGCAGAAGUUAUUCGGCCCCCUAUAUGUCAGUUUGAAAAUAGUUCCUGUGGCGUGAUUCGAACUCUUGUCUUUGAUGACUUUCGUUGUAUCCGUUGCAUACCCGCCAUUAUCACAAGCUGCAAUUUUCUUAAUCUGGGCCCAGUUGUUCAAAGGCCGAUUACCGCUAACCCAUGGUUAAAUUGUAUUCCGGGUUUCUUUAUUUCCCUAU